UUCUGUGUGUGUAUGAAAGAAACCACUGUUCUGGCAUUGAGAUUCUGGUUGAAUGAGAAAGCAUGGGCAUGAUUGUAUGUUGUCCACGAAACACAAAAGUCUGCUAAGGUAAAACGCAUAAAGUGCUGCCGCGAUACCGACGACGGACUUGUGUGCUCUUUGUUGGAUUCCCAAAACACCCAACGCACACCGGAAGCAUAUUUGGUGAGCCCCGUUUGAGGUGGCAUACAAUUUAAAAGUCAUCUAAAAACUAUCUCAAACGUAUUUCGACGCUGAGUAUAGAUUGCGUACGCGUUGAAACGUUUUUGAGUUGCAAAAAAGCAAAGCACAACGAAAAACGCACAACGAAGAAGCAGCAGGAAAAGAGAAAAAAAACCUGUCAAAAGCUAUUCGAGUGCAGCACCAGCACCUCAGCAUGUGGUUCGACGAAAACGGAGGUAAAGCAUUUUGCCUUGCAGUUGUGUAAGUGCGAAUCGACAACAUCAGCUAGGGCAAGUGCUUGGUAGUGUGCGUGUUUGCGACGUGUGCAGCAGCCCGCAUCGGCAAAGUGUGGUGGCGUGUGUGUUGUGUUUUUCCUGUUGAGUUGUGCCUGUGUGCGUUCGUAACGGCGUGCGAAGCGAGUGUGUGUGCGUGUGGUGGUAUCGCUUGCGCCCCGAAAGGGAAAAGUGUGUAGCAGACCGAAGAGCCAGCAGUAGUGAAUAUUCAUUCUCUUUCUUCAUCCAUUCGUGGUAGCCAUCAUCGUUGUCGUCGUCGUUGUCGUUUUGUCCCAUCGUGGUCGCGAUUCCGUUUCCAAGCAAUUCAAUUCUGUGUAAAAUUAUAGAGUGGCGGAAAUCCUUUUCCGUGGUGGUAACAGUUUUGCGGAAAAGCUACGGCAAAUUCCCGUCUCGGCGAAUCCGAGUGCUCCGACUUUUUCCCAGACACCUUCAACAGUGGAACAGGAGAAGAUCGGGGCAGAUUAAAGCUGGACAAAGUCGUCCGCUUCUUCAUCCAGAAGGAGGAGAAGCUGUCGAAGCAACGGUAUCAUCGAUCCCGGAAAUUGUAUCGUUACUGCCACCCACCUUCUGCCACUACACCCCACUGAAGAGUGAUUGUAGCAGCUUAAUCUGCCUGGCGAGCCAUUUGUUGAUAAACAUCCAGAAAGUGCAGAACCGUUACCCGCGGCCAACAAAGCAAGCAGCCUUCCGAACGGUGUCCGCGCAAGGAUGGGUGACGCAAUCAACUUUGGGCCUGCCUGGUUACGCAAGGUGGCGUCCGAUAGUAACACCACUAGUAACCAUCACAGUACGAACAGUAGCAGCAGCAGCAGCAGCCACCACAGCAGCCAUUCGAUGGUGAACAGCAAUAGCAGCAGCACCGUCGCCAACAAUGCUGGCGGUGGUGGAGGCGUCGGAUUGCAUCAUCAGCAUCUUCCGCAUCACCAUUCGCAGUCGCCGUCGUCGUCGCACUCUUCAUCGCACCAUAGCCUGUCGCAUAGUAGCAGCGGCAGCGCUAUCGGUGGCGGUGGCAGCGUCGGCGGCGGUGGCAGCUCCGCUGCUGCUGGCGGAGGUGGUGGUGGCCUUUCCAAUAGCUCGUAUGGUGGGAGCUCUGGUGGAGGCGGUGGCGCUGCUGCUAACAACGGCGGGACUGGACCGGGGGGCGCUGUUACCUCCACUGCAAUCCGGUACCCGUUGGCCGAGUUUCGCUACGGCCGGGAGGAAAUGCUAGCCCUGUUCGACGGGAGAACGACCAAGACUCCGGAAAUACUGGUGCACUAUAAGGGCUUGUUCGUGGAAAAGCCGCAACCACCGCUCGCGCUUACUCCUUGUCCGGAGGAAGAACUGAUUGUGGAACCGGAGGCACGGCGCGCUUGGCCAUCGAGAAGUAUUUCGCUUGGAAUUCCUGGACGUGGCGCUCGUGGUGGCUCGGUGGAUCGUGGUCGCGGGCGUGGCCGCGGUCUGUAUACUAGCUAUCAACGUUCGUCCUCUUUCUACGAUGAUGAAUCCAGGGGCGUAGGAAGAGGCGAACGACCGUGGCUGGAGCGUAACGGAACUGGUGGCAUCGGAGGGGUCGGAGGCGAUGCAGAGUGGAACAACUCAUCGUCGAGCCCUCGGAAGGAGUACGGGUCGCGCGUUAUUCGUACGAGCGGGGGCUUGGAAAGUUGGCGUCGUUCCCGUACGGACGAUGAGAACGCCGGCGCUACCAGCAACGGGAUCAGUGAUUGGCGAUCUGGUGGUGGUACUGGCGGCAGUAUUACGGGCGUGGCGCGUGAAAAGUGGACUCGAUCAACGAGCUGGCGCGAUGAGGAUAGCUCCACGCAUCACGGGGUCGAACGAGGAUUGAAUAGUAGCAUCGGGGGUGACCGAAUGAUUCCCCCCUACAAGUCGCGCCUUUCUUCUGGUGGCGGUCUUGGCAGCGGCGGUGGUGAUCCGAAUUCCGGCCACUCGAUGGGUGCCGGUGGAAUGCGUCGCCCGAACUGGGACACCGAUGAGCUGCCCGAGUGGGCCACGGAAAAUCCGUCCGAUUUCGGUGGCAGCUUCGAUGCGACCGGUGCAUUUCACGAUUCCGAUAAUGAUGGCGAGAACGGUGGUGGUGGUGGCAGUAGCAGCGGGGGAACUACUGCUAGCCGGUAUGGCGGAGAUGGUAGUGACGCGAACGGCGGUAAGACAAACCACCUUACCAAGGGCGGCGAUGAACGAUCGAAAAACAACAUUCGACACCGAGCUGACGACAGCGAGUCCGGCGGUGAACCCCAUCGAGACGGGACAGAGGAUACGACUGGCAAAAAUAGAAGCGAUAAAUCAACGCCAGCAUCGGCCCAGGGAAGAGAAAUCGGAAAGUCCAUGAAUCAUAUCGACGGCAGAGUGGACGACGCGACGGCGUUAGCUGUCGGUAAAAAAGGGGACGCUCACAAUGAAAAGCAACAUUCGAGUGCCAAUGAAUUGCAACAGAAGCAAAAACAGAAACAACAGCUAGAUAAGGACGGAAACCAUCAUGUGUCUGAAUCGUCACCAGAAAAGCUAUCCUCGUCGGAGAGAAAUGAUGGUUCUGGCUUAGUUCAAUCGAGCACUACGACGAAGGGUAUAUCUUCUUCGCGUGAAUCAAUCGAAUCCUCCGUUUCAUCCUCCAUCAGCGGAACGGCCGCUGUGAUAGAACCUGACGCUCGACAGAAUUCUCCGUCGUCGUGGCACAAGGCUAAUGCUGCAUCGGUUGCCACUGGUGCAAAAAUUGCUUCCGAACAUGCGUCGCUGUCGGCUAAAGGUGGUGAGGCCGGGAAUGAAAAUGACAACAACGAUGGUCAAAAACAUUCCUCGCAGCAAGAGAAGCGAGACGGACCGAAAAAGUCGCCGUCCAGUACGAGCGUCGAUCGAAUGCAGGAAGUGGCAGACGAUAUGGUUGCUCAGCUGAUUAUGGAUGAUGAAUUUCUGGCGACUGACGGUGAUCCAUCGGUAAUCUCUUCGAUUGCUGCUAGCACCAGUGGGUUGGUCGGUGCGGGUGGAAGCCUCGGCAAAUCUCCGGUCUUCGGUAUGUCGGCGGCAGGUGCGACCAGUGCGGCAGCAACCUUAGCAGCGGGAGGACUACCGAUGAACGUGGUUUUACCGAAGGCGCAUCCGAUGCAACAACUCUUUGGAAAUGGCAACCUUUCGCGCGUGAAUCCUCUAUUGCUAUCCGAUCCGGUGGCUGCCAAUCGUGCAGUAGUGGCCGGUGUAAACCCGAUGGCACAGCUGCACCAUUUGAUGGGACCACCGGCUCCCCCGCCCGGAUCGGAUAUAUGGUUUUACCGUGACCCUCAGGGAAAAUUGCAGGGUCCGUUCCAAGCGGCGGAAAUGACAGAAUGGUACAGGGCCGGAUACUUUGACGAGUCGCUGUCGGUGCGGCGAGCAUGCGAUGAGGUAUUUAAUACGCUCGGCACACUGGUGGCCCUUUGCGGUGGCAUGCCAUUUUUAAAUUCUGUGAUCAUACAACCGUUCAAAGCGUCCGGUGGUGGCGGUGGCAUGGCGAAACAUUCGCCACAGCAACAACAGCAAACGCAGUCCAGCACGGCGACCCAGGGCCAACAGAAACAGGCUGCACCCGGCACGAAUGGCAACAAUGUUAUGCCUUCCCCGAAUCAACAGCCAACGGCUGGACAGGGAUCCUCGCAGCAGCAGCAGCAAGGGUCACUGCAUCCUGGGAAUGCUGGUAGUUCUGCUGGUGGUGGUCCGAAUGUUUCCGGAAUUUCAAGUAUUCAUUUAAUGCGCCAGCACCAAAUGGUGGUGCAGAAGCUACAAAGUACGGAAGGAUGGGCUGUACUAACGCCAGAGCAGCAAAACAUGAUCAUCCAACAGCAGAUGAAUCAGCUGAUGAGCUCAGAUGUAGCGGGCAUUGGAAUGAUAUCGCCUUCUUCAUCGUUGCCUGGCGCAAAUGCUGGAAGCGCAGCAGGUGCGAAUCAGCAUCAACAACAGCCGGGUGGCAUUUUUGGCGCUGGUACAGCAGCCGCUGGUAUGAUACCGUCGAACCAGGAAACGUUGGUACAUCAGAAAAUGCGGGAAAUGCACCAACAACAAGGCCAACCCCUGCAACCGCCUCAACCGCAACAACAACCGCCAGCACACGUUAUGAUGGAACAGCUGCAAAAGUCUGUUUCAAGCAAUCAUAACAAUAGUGCGUUCUUGAAGUUGCAUUUACCAGACUUCAAUCAGUCAUCUCAAGUUCCUGGAGGAAGACCGAUGCUUGGUAACAUGAAUGUUGAUCCCACCACUGCCGCAGCUGUAGCUGCUGCUGCUGCAGCCGGGCACGACCCUCUAGGGCACUUGAUGCAUGGUAUUGGGUAUAAUCCUCAAGCCGCCGGGCAAAAUCUUGGACCUUUGGGGCCAAACAAUCUUCUGAUGAAUCGCGGUAGUUUGCUGGGAGCUGGGGCCGGUGUUCCUACACAGCAACAACAACCUCCAUCUCAACACCAGCAACCACCACAUCCAAACGCAGGAAAACCUGGCGCAGAGGAUCCUAUUCAAUCACUGUUUAUGCAACUGUCGUUGCAUAAGAACCAACAAACUCCGCAGCAGAUGCCGAAUCAUCAGCCUCCAUCGAAACCGGGAGGAGAAAUGAUGGGAGCCCCUGCUGGCUGGCUGCAAACGGGCGCUGGACAACCACAGACUGCCAAUAAUGGCGGUGGAUUACCUGGACUAGUUGGCCCGCGAGGUCCAAUGAUUGGCGCAGCUUCUAGUUGGGGCGAUCUACCACCACCUACGAGUGCCUCUUUUGCGUCCUUAAUGCAGCAGCAACAGCCGCCGCAUCUCCCCCUCGCUGGACACCAUCCACUGUUAUUAGGUGGCAGCGGUCCAUCAAAUGAACCACAAGCACCAUCAGUUGUUUCACUGUUUAAACAUCAUCAGCAGGCAGAAAAGCAACAACAAAUGGAGAAAGAACAGCAACUUAUUCAACAGCAGCAGCAACAGCAACAACAGCAGCAACAGCAGCAACAGCAACAGCAGCAGCAACAGCAACAGCAACAGCAACAGCAACAGCAACAGCAGCAACAGCAGCAACAGCAGCAGCAACAGCAGCAGCAGCAGCAGCAACAACAACAGCAACAGCAACAGCAACAACAACAAUUGCAGCAGCAGCAACAGCAACAAAUGCAGCAGAUGCAUCAAGAAAAUGCACUUGCUCAACAAAAACAGCAGCAUCAGCAACAGCAACAGCUACAGCAGCAGCAACAGCAACAGCAACAGCAACAGCAACAGCAACAGCAACAGCAACAGCAACAGCAACAGCAACAGCAACAGCAACAGCAACAGCAACAGCAGCAACAGCAGCCGCCGCAGCAACAACAACAACAUCUGCAGCAACAGCAGCAGCACCAGCAACAACAAACACAGCAGCAAAAGCAGCCUAAGGAAAAUCAAAAAAAGGAGAGCAUUGCCAUAGAAGCGUCGAACCAACAACAGUCCGGCAAUAACAAAAAGCAAAGUAAUAAGCAGCACCACCAGCAGCACGUAAAUAAUCACGUAGAAACGGUGGAAGAAAAGACAGGUACGUCGCAGCAGAAUCAAAAGUCCAAAAAGCAACAAAAGAACAACCAUCUAGCUUCGGGUGGGGCCAGCAACGGCCAAGCAACGAUUACCAGCGAGGAGGAGAGCGAAUUCAUCAUCGUGAAAAAAGAGAUGGAGGAAAAGAAGCGCCAGAAAGAGAUGAAAAAGCAACAGCAGGAGGAGCAGAAGCGUAAGCUGGCGGAAGAGAAAAAGCUGCUGGAGGAGCUGGAAGCACAAAAGAAAGCAAAGCUGCUGGAGUCUCAGCGCCGUGAAGCGAUGAAAAUUCAAGAGCAGCAACAGCAGCAACAGCAACGCUCGGCCCCUAAGGCUGUACCGGCGCCAUGGUCUGGAGCGAUGGCCGAAAUUGCAAACAGCAAACUAAGCCUGUCGGAAAUCCAGAAAACCGAACGUGCUCUGCUGGCCCGCCGUGAGCACAGCAUGCGCGAGCAACAGGAACAGCAACAGAUGCUGGAGAUGCAAACGCAGCUGGUAGACGGUCGACUGAAGUGGAACGCACAGAACCUGAUGCCGGCCAAGGUGAAACCAUUGGCUGAGAUACAGGCGGAAGAGGCCGCUGCGGCUGAAAGAGCCCGCGAGAAGAAUGCGAACGCGUCCGGUUUAACGGUGGCUGCCAUUGCGGCUCAAGGUAGCGUAAAGGGUUCGAAGAAAGAGGACAACUUGGCCAGCCUGCUGGGCGGUGCUGGUGCUAGUGGAGCCGGAUCCGCUGUGUGGCGCGGAGCCGGUAGCAUGUUGUACUUUAAUUCAACUAAAGCGUGGACCGGUGAUGGCGAGGCGAGCAGUCUUCUGGGUGGGGGAGCCGGCGGUGGUUCCUCCGGGCUCAGUAACAAUGUUAGCUCCGGCGGCUUCUGGGAGGAACCUACGCAGCCCAGCGUCGUAACAGCUGCUUCGAUUGUUGCUUCCGCUGGCAAGGGCACUGGCAACAGUGCGCGGAAGCAGUCGGCCAAUGCCAACGUGACUACGUCUGGCGGUGCUUCCGGCAAGCAGCAGCAGCAGCAGCUUUUGAGCAAGAGCAAAACAAUGGGCAGCAUUUCCACGAGCUCUUCCUCGACGGUGGCCGCUGCCAAGCAGCAGAAGCAACAGCAGCAAGGCUCAGCCAAAGGUAGCGGAUCAUCGGGUACCGGUAAGGCCGGUGGCAAGAAUGGAAAUGUGUCCGGAGGAAAUAGCGAUCGAAAGGACGACAGGAAGCAUCCGAGCGAGCCUACCAAUGAAUUUACCGAUUGGUGUACUCGUGCCCUGAGCUCGUUAAACAGCAACGUCGACAUUCCAACAUUUGUCGGAUUUCUGCAGGACAUCGAAUCACCGUUCGAGGUGAAGGAUUAUAUCCGUUUAUACUUAGGAGAAACUAAAGAGUGUUCGGAAUUUGCGAAGCAAUUCCUCGAGAGACGCUCCAAGUACAAAAAUCAGCAGCGCCAAAAGAAUGCCCACAUCGAUGAUAUGUGCAAACCGGCACCAGCUAUUAACCCAUCGUCUAACGAUUUCCAAGAAAUCAAGGGUAAAAAUAAGAAGGUAAAGAAGAACAAGAUGAUGAAACUCGACAGCAGAAUCUUGGGCUUCUCCGUUACGGCUGCGCCGGAUCGGCUUAACGUUGGCGAACGAGACUAUGGCGAUAACGUUUAAGUGAUCGGCACAUAGCCAGGAAGAGAAAGUGAGACAGAGAGACAGAGGGAAAAAGAGGGAUACAUAAAGAAAGAAAGAAAGAGAGAGAUACAGAAAGAUAGAGAGAGGGAGAGAGAGAGAGAAAAAAAUCAACUGGAUUCGUGUGUGUGUGUAUGUGAGCAACAAAAGCAAUGAAGAACAUAAAAAUCAUAGCUGAAGCAGCAACAUAAGUGUGGCACAAAUAAUAACCCUUUCUCUCCCACUCAAUCAAACGUAGAUCGAUCGCAAGGGGUUUCGAAUUGGUUUUCAGUUUUUUUUCCUUUAAAUCAUUCUAAAAGGGUAGUGUAGCUUGUGUGAGAUGAUGGGAUUCAGAGCCAAACGUAAGCAAAAGUAUUCACGGAUCGUUAGUCAGGCGAAUGUGUACAUGUCAUUAGUAUGUAUCUGGUGGUAAAAUAUGCUCGAAAUUGUGUUUUGCACUGCUGCUAAAUGUUUACGAUUUACUUUUGCCACUUCCUUCCUUAUUUUCCUUGGUCGGUUGACAUGCAAUAAUGUUAGGGAUGUGUAACAGAUAAUUGAUGUUGCUUAUCCCCUACGAGAGACGACCUUGCUCAGACUGAAAUGUUACGCAUAGUUGAUCCCUGCGUUCUUUUGCUUGCUCUCUCUCUUUCUCUCCAUCAUCACCGUUUCGGUAUAAAUCAUCACAAUGCAAGAUUCGGCAACGAGCUUUGCUUUGUUGGAAUCUAUGUUUUAGGGAUGAUUUGCGUUGCGUUAUUGUUUUCAUGUCGAUUAAAGAUUCAAAGAUUGUUAAACUAUGAAUUGUGCCACAACUGUGUAACUUAAAUGGUUCGAAUCGCAGUGCGAACAAUCUGGUGAAUCUUUAGGCAGCUCUUUUUUGUGUUUUGUUAAUGGCAUAAGACAAGAACACGGUCUUGCAAGUUGAGCGUGCUUCGCUUCGUUUCGAAUGGAAUAUUUUGAUUUAUGAUUUGGAUAGUUUCAAUUAGAGCUGUUCGUGUUGAAAUUUAAAUCCUCGAUGCUUGUACUACGUUUGCGGUGCUGCACCGUAUUCGUUUUGUUCACACCAAAUCGCACGCGUGCUGUACGGCUCUGUUGUAAAACGUUUGCCUACGGUACUAUUCGAAGGUACUAUGAAAUGCCUGCUCCUGGAACCGAUGUACUUUAGUUACUCGGUGUUAUUGUUAAACCUACUAAUGAUACUUGCUGCUAUGAAUAGCUGAACACCCAUUGUUGAAGGAAACAGCGAAACAAUCCAACUUAUAAACCUUUUUAUUAUAUCAUCGGAAAUAUUUUGAAUCGAUGCUGUGCUUGUUUGUGAAUCGUAGUGUUCUAGUAAGUUGUCUAAUUUGGCGCCUUUUAAAGGACAUCUUUAUAUUAGAAAAUAACAGCUAACCAGAAAAGAAGCAGGCAGAAGUUGUUACAAAAAGAAAAUACACACAUAUACACACCAACACACAUUACACAUACCCACACUGCCACGUAUCUGCGUAUGUUAAGAUUACGUAUCGUCAUUAGUCUCGUUUUGCGAUUGACACACGCGCCAAUCGAUACCCGUAGAAAAACAAGGCAAGGAUGAUUGUGUCGUAAGGAAAACACAAACACACAAUGUAAACCGUGCUUCCAUCGCAAAGAGCUGUUGGAAAAAUGCAAACUGAUGAUUGAUUGAGCAUGUGUAUUGUUGCAAGCCCCAACGCAAGGCAGAGUAUUUGGUAAUGGUUCUAGUAGAUGGAUUUGCAACUAUGUUGAUGAGAAGAAAAACUGAAAGAAGGACAUCGUUCGAGAGCAAGUAAAAUCAUGUGUGUAGAUUUGCAUCUAAUGUUAUAAAGUGAAAUAAAAGAAAGGAAACUACUCUAGUACACAAGUGAUA